GCACAGAGUUGGUCCCCAGGAGGGCCGAAAGCAGGCCUGGGUGCUGCUGCCUCGGGUCCUGUGGUAGCAAGUGACCCCAGGUUAGAUGCCAGGUGGGCCCCAGGCUGCCACCAGCUAGGUGGAUGGGGCUGGGAGUGGGCUCUCUCUGGCCCAUUGCGCUUUGGCCUUUGGUUCAUGCGGUUGCUGGCUGCCCCCCUACUGUGUGCCACCCUGGGGAGGGCCCAGCGUGUGGGCCUGGGAGCAGCCUGGAGGGAGGAGGGCUUCCCACCUCCAGCCCAGGAGGAGCCUGCCGAGGCCUGCCCCUCGGCCGAGUCAGCAGUGAGCGCCCCGGAAAUCCCACGGCGGGCAAGCACAGGGGUGGAGCUGUGAUGAAAGACGCCCCGGGUGGGUGUGGACCUGAGCUCGGGACCCUGGCCGUUGAGGGUGGGGACCUGGCCCGCGUGGGGGUGGGGCUUCCUGGAGGAGAGAAGUUUCGUUGGAUCCUCAUUACUGAGGAAACCGCCACGUGUGGGGCACCUACUAGGUGUUGGUGCUAGCUGGUCCUCUUAGAGCAAAGGGAGCUCCAGGCUCUCCUGGUGAGAUGCUGUGGCACACAGUGGGUGUUCAGCAAAUGGGUACUUUUCAUUGCCAAGACCCCGCUUGACGCCUCGAGGGGGCUCAGCAGCCAGCCCUUCCCUGGGUCACAGGGUCUUCCGCCUCUUUCUCGGAGGGAGGGCCCCAAGAGGCCCAGGUGGGGGCAGUGGCCCAGGGUGUGGCAGGCAGGUGGCCUGUGUUCCUGGAGGGAGGGUGUGGGUCAGGUGUCUGCAGAGCCAGUCCAGUUUCCAGGACAAGGGAAGAGGCAGUGGCUUUCUUGGUUGGGGGCCCUUGGACAGGAUUCUAGCUGUCUUCGGGCCUUGGUUUUCCUGUCUGUAAAGUGGGGGCUUGUGCUGCCCUUACAGGGGCUCUCCUGGGCUGGUAUCUCCCCAGGCCUGGCCCAUUGCAGAGAGAGUCUCCGGUGGUUAUCUGGGGAAGUAGGUAAGCUAAGACAGGGACAUGGACACGGACACGGAGAUAGAACCCCGACCAACAGGCUGCCCCGUGAAACAGGACCUUUGCAUGUGGUCCCUGGCCCAGCUGCCGGAGCCCUAGACACGAGGCUCGGUCCGGGCUGCGAUCAAGGCCCCUGCUUGCUCCUUCCCAGCCAGGCGGCUUCCAGGGACCAGGAGCCUGGGCAUCUUCAUCUGGGAGGUAGAGCCGUGCCAGACCCUUGGCCCAGCGUGCAGUGGGCAGGCAGGAGUGGAGCGGCCCAUCUCAGGUCCUGACCUAGAGGCCCCUGGAGACACCUCAGAGUCCAAGGGAACCCUGGGGCACCUGGGGGCGCUGGAGCAAGCAGGGCGCCAUGGUGGCCAUCUUGGGGCGUUGGUGGCCCGGAUGGGGGGUGCAAGGAGGGGCUGAGGCUGGUCUGAUCCAGAGUCCCAUCUGCCCACUAGCUCUUCAGGGCCUGGGGCCAGACAGCAGAUGGUGGCAGGGGGUGGAAGCCACCAUCGGGGCUCCUCCGAGGCCUCCCAUGGCUGAGACUCAGCUGGGGUCACCCCCCCAUCCUCUGCUCCCAGCAGCCACAUCGGAGCCUCCCCCACCCAAACGGGUUGGUGGAACAGUGGGGGGAAGCCAAGCAGCUGGUGCAGUCGGCGGGGGGGGGAUGGGCGGGCCGCAGACAGAGGUGUCCUGGAAACUGUAGUGCCUGCCUGAGUGUCAGCCCCGUGGCCUGGACCCCGCUUCCAGGGCGGCCCUGGGUCACGAUGGUCCUGCUCUGGCUUUGGGUCCGGCCAGGCCCAACCCCAGACCCCCAUGCAGGGCUGGCUGGCUGCAUCCCACCUGGCGCACAGUAGGAGAGCUCCAGGUCUCGGCGCGGAAGAUGGCUGGUGGCGUGGACGGCCCCAUCGGGAUCCCGUUCCCCGACCACAGCAGUGACAUCCUAAGUGGACUCAACGAGCAGAGGACGCAGGGCCUGCUGUGCGACGUGGUGAUCCUGGUGGAGGGCCGCGAGUUCCCCACACACCGCUCGGUGCUGGCAGCCUGCAGCCAGUACUUCAAGAAGCUGUUCACGUCGGGCGCCGUGGUGGACCAGCAGAACGUGUAUGAGAUCGACUUCGUCAGCGCCGAGGCGCUCACAGCCCUCAUGGACUUUGCCUACACGGCCACGCUCACCGUCAGCACGGCCAAUGUGGGUGACAUCCUCAGUGCUGCCCGCCUGCUCGAGAUACCCGCCGUGAGCCACGUCUGCGCCGACCUCCUCGACCGGCAGAUCCUGGCGGCUGACGCGGGCGCCGACGCCGGACAGCUGGACCUCGUAGAUCAAAUUGAUCAGCGCAAUCUCCUCCGCGCCAAGGAGUACCUUGAGUUCUUCCAGAGCAACCCCAUGAACAGCUUGCCCCCCGCGGCCGCCGCCGCCGCCGCCACCUUCCCCUGGUCCGCCUUCGGCGCAUCCGACGAUGACCUGGAUGCCACCAAGGAAGCCGUGGCCGCUGCCGUGGCUGCUGUGGCUGCCGGCGACUGCAAUGGCUUGGACUUCUACGGGCCAGGCCCCCCGGCCGAGCGGCCCCCCGCCGGGGAUGGUGACGAAGGCGACAGCAACCCGGGUCUGUGGCCAGAGAGGGAUGAGGACGCUCCUGCCGGGGGCCUCUUCCCGCCCCCUGUGGCCCCUCCAGCCACUGCCACGCAGAACGGCCACUACGGCCGGGGCGGGGAAGAGGAGGCGGCCUCGCUGUCAGAGGCGGCACCCGAGCCCGGCGACUCUCCGGGCUUCCUCUCGGGCGCAGCCGAGGGUGAGGAUGGGGACGGGGCUGAUGCGGACGGGCUGGCGGCCAGCACGCUGCUCCAGCAGAUGAUAUCGUCGGUGGGCCGGGCGGGGGCGGCCGCGGCGGGGGACAGCGACGACGAGUCGCGGGCGGACGACAAGGGCGUGGUGGACUACUACCUGAAGUACUUCAGCAGCGCCCACGACGGCGACGUCUACCCAGCCUGGUCGCAGAAGGUGGAGAAGAAGAUCCGGGCCAAGGCCUUCCAGAAGUGCCCUAUCUGUGAGAAGGUCAUCCAGGGCGCUGGCAAGCUGCCCAGGCACAUCCGGACCCACACGGGGGAGAAGCCCUACGAGUGCAACAUCUGCAAGGUCCGCUUCACCAGGCAGGACAAGCUCAAGGUGCACAUGCGGAAGCACACGGGCGAGAAGCCGUACCUGUGCCAGCAGUGCGGGGCGGCCUUCGCGCACAACUACGACCUGAAGAACCACAUGCGCGUGCACACGGGCCUGCGCCCCUACCAGUGCGACAGCUGCUGCAAGACCUUCGUCCGCUCCGACCACCUGCACAGACACCUCAAGAAGGACGGCUGCAACGGCGUCCCCUCGCGCCGCGGCCGCAAGCCCCGCGCGCGGGGUGCGGCGCUCGGGGGACCCGACCCGGCCCCCGGGAACCCCGCGCCCCCUGGCGCCGCCGCCCCGCCAGGCUCCCCCGAAGCCCGGCGCAACGGCCCCGAGCAGCACUUUAAGGACGAGGACGAGGACGAGGAGGCAGGCAGCCCCGACGGUCCGGGCGCCGUGCAUGCGGCGGGCACUGGCGGGGCGGGGGGCGCCGGGGGCCCCGGGGGCGCCGCCGACGGCAGCUUUGCGGCCGGACUCGCCUGAAAACCAAAAAGGAACCAGAAACCAGAGAGAGAGAGAGAGAGAGAGAAAAUCACCCGCCACCCCCCGAAACAAAAAAAGAAAAUCUAUCUAUAUACAGAUAUCUAUAUCUAUAUAUAUAUAUACAGAUAUAUAUAUAUAUAUAUGAGGCGUCACAGAAUCUAGGGUAGUGCUUUUCUCAGAUUUUUCUCCUCCGUGAUGUUCUCUCCCUCCACGGGGACCCGCGCCCCCUCCGGCUCCCCGCCCGCCCGCCCCGUCGAUGGGUUUCGGGGCUUGGUUUGGGCCUUUUGUGGGACACAAGGAUUCUGAGCCCCCCUGCCCCCGGGCGCUCCCCGGCACGGGGUUUGGGGUCCCGGCCAGGGCCCCGGGGGGCUGCGGUGGGCUUCUGUUUUCCUCCCCUCGCUGGUUUCUAUGCGUCUUUGAGACAAGACCUUAAAUGAUUUCUGUCCGCUGUGAGUGGACGUUAAAUCGACCCCCGCCCCACCCCCACCCUCCUUCCUCAGGGCACUUACUAAGUGGGGGUCCCCCCCGUAUCUCCUGACGGCUUCCCCCCAACCCCCCAAACCUGCCUGUUCCUGCCUGCGGCCCUCUGUGUCUCCUGGCCUCUGUGACACAAAUCUAUUUAUUUCCAGGCGUGGCGAAAGGGGAGAAGACCGGGGGGCGGAGGGACAGGCGGGGCGCCAGGGCGGCCCCCAGGGGCCCCCGCCGCUCAGGGCGCCCCAGCCCCACCCCCGUCUGUGGUCCCCGACGCAGGCCACCCAGACCACCCCCCCACGUCCCCAACGAGGCGUUUGGAGAUUGAAAACUUUGUCUUUACCCUCUCUCUCCUCCCCCGAGCCCCCACCCCAUUUUUUAAAGCACUUUUUAGAUUUUUUUUGUCCUCUUUUCCUCCUUAAAAACAAAAUUUAUAUAUAGAUAUAUAUAUAAAUAUAUAUAAAAUAUACUUUUCCUCAGAGGAGCAGGCAGAGGGUGGGGUGGAAGAGCUGAGAGCAGAGGGGGCCCGAGGUCUCACCGUGGCAGGGAAGAGGGCAGACGAGAGUCCACAAGUUCCAAUAUCACAAAAGCAAUAAAACCAAGAUUUUACAAAAUGAAAGGAAAGAAAAAGACAAAAAAACAAACAAACAAAAAAAACCAACCACCAAUAGAAGUCUUGGCACUUUGUAACAGAACGGGUACUACACUUUAUCUUAAUUCUUAAUUUAAAAACAUGUUUACAAGUUGCAACCAACUUCUAUGAAAAGUCGAAAAGACAAAAAAAAAAAAAGACGUGAGCGAGAGCAAGAGAGCUAAAAAGAAAAGUCCUAAAAGUCGAUUUAUUUUUGUACAAAAUAAUAAAAAAAAAAACCCAC